AUGGCGCUAGUGGAAGGCAUCGACCUACUCGAUCAGGCUCUGGAUGAGCCGACGUGGAAAGACCUCGAUAAAGUCACGGCUCUUAUAAGCAAGCAGCUCGACGUAAAAAACGGCUCAGCAGCAGCAGCUGCAGCAGGUGGAUCGCGCAACAGCGUGGCGGACUAUUGGGCUGCGGAGACCGUUAAGCUUCUGGAGGAUCUUAAGAGCGUCAGCGUGGAGGCUCUCGCAACUACCGACCCUGCGGACCGCAAUGCGUGGAAGAUGUGCGAGGAGGGUCCGGAGCACCGCGCGAUGCUGCGCAAGGGCCCGGAGGGCACGGCGAUAAACGCGCUGUGCAUGGAGGGGCGCAUCGACAGCCCCGUGCACGCCGCCGUCGCCAUGACGCGCGACGCGGGGUUCUUCAAGGAGUGGUGGCCGCAGGGCGACAUGCCCGUCUACCGCAUCGUGGAGAAUCGAUACCUCGCGCGCGUCGGCGACGGCUUCGACAUCACGUACAUGAAGUUCAAGGUGCCGUGGCCCUUUCCAUGGCAGGAGUUCGCGAUGAUUUUCUUUACCAUUUACGACUCGGACACGGGCGUCGCCACCACUGUCGUCCGCACGCUUCCAGAGGACAACAGCGAAAUCCACCCAUCCAUUCACGGCUUUUCCCGCGACAUUACGCCGCCAGUCCCCUCGGGAAUGGUCCGCAUGGCGAUCAACGGCGGAUUCUCCAUCAAAGAUCUGGGCCGUUCACGCUGCCACUUCCGGUCGAUCUUCACGUGCGAUCUGAAGCUCCCAGCGAUGGUGGUUAACUUCGUUACCAAGGAGUUCGGAGGGGUGCUGUUCAAUCUGUUUAGGAAGGAGGUUGAGACGGAUUUGGCCGAUGAGGGGCAGAAGGGAGUGGAGUUUAGGAAGGUUCUGAAAGAGGAGAAGCUGUAUGGGCGUAUUGAAGCGGCUAUGGACGCGUACAGGGCAAAGGCGGCUGGAGGAUUGGGGAUGGGUGAGAAUGGGUUGGGAGAGACGGGGGUGGAGGGAGAGGAAGGGGAAGAGGUGGAGGAGGAAAAGAAGGUUCUGGUGGCUACAGCGUCGUUUGUGGAGGGAGCUCCUAGGGAGGCACGUAGACCUGCCAUUGCAUCUGCAGCUGCUGCAGCAGCUGCCGCUGCUGCGGAUCCAGCAGGUGCACAAUCAGCAGCGGCAGUGAGUCGUGCAGAUGAUGAUGAAGAGGAGGUGUUUGAGGAUGCAGAGGGUCAGCUUCUCGUUACCCUGGAAGACUCAGAGACUCCUGCUUACCACCACCACCAGCACCAGCAGCAGCAGCACCCUCAUCCUCCUGUUCCUCCUGCGUACGCCCCGUUCUCAUCCCAAGACCCGGCUAUCGCUGCAGCCUUCGCAGCAGCAGCCGCGCUGGCAGGCGCAGGUGGGACUGGUGCAGGUGGUAACCCCGUGGUUGGCUCUGCUAGCUCCGGUGCUGCCGAUCCUGCCCUGACCCCGGACGUGCUCCAAGCCAUGGCGACUCUAGAGCAGGCGUUAGUGUCCCUGCGUGCCCGCACCUCUGCUGCGCUCUCUGCUGCUGCUCACUCUGGCGGACCAGGAGGAGGAAUGUACCCAGGGCAGUAUGGUCACGCCUAUCCUCCCCCUCCCCACCCUGCCUAUGGUGCUGUGCCAGGGUAUGGGCCGAUGGUGGGGGGAAAGGGUGGCAGGCUUGUGGGUGUUCCUGUGGGGAAUCCUCCGCUGCUGCCGUAUUAUGCCGCCCCGUUCCCGCCCAAUGAGAUGCAGCGGUUUGCCGGGCCGGUUCCUGUGGUUGGGAGGAUGGACGGGUAUGGAAGGGUUUCCGGGCGGCGGGUGAAUGGAGCGAGAGCGGGAGGCGGGAGGUAUAAGGGCGAGGGAGGAGUGAUGGUUGCUCCUGGAAAGGGGGGAAUGGGGGGAAUGAGCGGAAGGGGAGGAGAAGGAGGAGGAGGGGGGAAGAUGAGCAGGAGUGGGAAGCAGCAGCCGCCGUUCCAUCCCUCGCAGCAGCAGAUGAUGGUGUCUCGAUCAGCCUCUGGGAAAGGAGGAGGAGUUUCGGGUAAAGCAGGUGCAGGAACAGGGAAGGUGGCUACAGCAGAAGCGGCUGCUACAGCCGCUGCCCCUCCUGCUACAACCUCGACCCUCUGGUCGGCCGCUUCAGCCCUGUUUGGGCUUGCCACGUGUUGCACUGCCACUGGCCUGAGGAACGCCGAGGCGGCGGGAUAUGUGCUUCCGGAAGAGCUGCCGUCGGAGAGGUGGCGUGAUGAUGAUGAGGAUGACUAUAACGAGUAUGAUUCUGAGGAGGAUGAUUAUCAGGAUGAGGGGUAUUAUGAGGGGUACGGAGGUGGUAUGAAUGGUGCUCCUGGGGGUUAUGGGAACGGAGGGUAUGGGAAUGGGGUGUAUGGCCCUGGUGCUUAUGGCGAUGGUGGUUAUGGGGGGAAUGGUGGAGGUAGAUUGGUGGAUGAAAGGCAGGCGGAGAGGAGGGUGGCGGAGGCCGUGAGUGGCGCCCGCGGGGGGGCGGCGGCGGAGGCCGCGGACGUGGAGGCGGAAGGAGGGGUGGCGGAGGGGUGUAUGCGGGAGACAGUUGGGGGGACGGCGCGGGGACAGGCAGAGGGGGAACAGGCGGAGGGGGAAGAGGCGGAAGGGGUGACGGGGACGCGUCAGGCUGGGGUGGCGGAGGGAGAGGGGGACGGGGCGGAAGCGGCGGAAGGUAUGGGGGAGGGGAUCAGCGCGGCUGGGGGGGGGACGGCGGAGGCGGAAGACAAGGACGGGGAGGCGGAGGGUUUGGCGGAAGAUGGGGCGGAGGGGGCGGACGAGGGGGAAGAAAUUACCAACAGCAGGCGGAGCAGCAGGGGGAAAAACAAUUAG